AUGAUCGACAGUCUACUAGGACGUCCAUCUCCAUUAUUACGUCGUACUCAAGUAUUCCUCGUACUUUUCUUUUGGAUAUGGAGAUUGGUCAAAGGAGACGGUGGUUUUUAUUCUCCUACAGGUACAACCUCGGCUAAUGGUCCUUUACCCAGUUGGAGAGUUGGAGAUGGGAUGAAGAAGAGAAAGAAAGGUUUGUUGAGAGGUUUGAUGGGGAUGGUUUUUGGGAAACGGGGACAGGGUUGGAUAGGGAGGAUGAAUGAGAGAUUGAAAAAAUUCUCGCCUUAUCAGUUAAUCCUCGGAACAUGGACUAUCAUGUAUGCUCUUCGACACAUGGACGAUCUCUUUGGGAUCGGAGCUCCUGAACCACUCGCGACCCUCUAUUCCAGAUCAUAUUACCGAGCGACAUACAUCAACACUGCCCUCGACGCAGGUUUCGCCAGCGCUAUGAGCAUACGACCUAAAUGGCUUAAAGACAUGUGCAGCAUGCUGUUUUCGGUUUAUUAUCUGAUUUGGGCCAACGAGGCCGAUGAAGUGCUGCGUCGAUUCAGAGCUCUCUGUUCAGUUGAAAUGCUUCGUACCACCUGGGAAAAGACCCGUAACCCAUACAUACGCAUGAUCACCUCGCUUCACUGCCCCUCUCUCCCUAUUGUCAGAAGCGUAUCCAUCCCCCGACCGUCUCGAUCAUCCCGUGCAGGUCUGCCACCGGUCAAAGGGAUGUUGUUCUUUUCAGGUAAUGAGGCUGAAUUGGCCAAAGCUACGCAAUUAAUCAUCGACUUCCCCGGUGGAGGUUUUGUGGCCAUGGGACCUGAUUGUCACGAAGAGCGUUUGCGAUCGUGGGCCAAGAGGACGGGAAAGCCGGUGUUGGCUAUUGAGUACGGCAAGGCUCCAGAGUACCCAUAUCCUUGGGCCAUCGAAGAAGGGUUUGACGCCUAUCGAACAAUACACGAGACACUCGGCUCAUGCAUCGGCAUACACCUUCCCAACACACCCUCGUCUCGUCUUUCUAUCGUCCUUACUGGUGAUUCUGCCGGUGGGAAUAUCUGCGCUACCAUCAUGCUCCGUAUCCUCGAACAUUCCACUCCUAUCCCUCGACCCGUCUCCAUCAUUCUUGCUUAUCCCGCACUCGACUUCAACUUCACAUCCUGGAUGUCACCGGCAAACCUUCGAGUAUUACGUACCGAGCAGUCCGAAUCUCAUCUCACUUCUCUCAAGCAUGGCAAAGAUCACUUGGCACAUAAAUCUCCUCUGAGUGUUGUAGACGAUACGGAAAAACCUCGAAAGACGCGGUCUGAGCGACAACGAAGUUGGGGAGAUACGCUCGGUAACAAACUUCAGGGGUUGAGUCUGACGCCAACCGCAUCUCCGGUCGACGAGAAGAUCCCGCUGGCAAGUGCGCCGGGACGUCAAGGUCAGUCGCAGAGUCCGACGGGCUCCUGGAGAGGAUUACCGAGGGUCAUGUCUACCAAGCUUACCGGUUGGCUGGGACCGGAUGAAACAAAAGAAGACGAUGAUGCGGCGACUGUGAAAGCGGCCGAUGACAGGAGGGAGGAAGAAAAGCCUUUGAGAGCUAGAGUGAAGACACCGAAAGUCGAAAGGGAAUUUGACUUGGUGUAUGAGCCAGCAGCCUCUACUGAGUCGUCAGGAAAUAAAGCAAGUACGACAGGUGAGGAAAGGGUGGAAAAGGUGGUGGUGAAGAAGAAGAAGAGGGCUCCAUUUGGGACACGUUUGACCAUGACGAGUCGGGUGGGAUACUUUCAGGAUAGGAUCAUUUCGCCUUCUAUGAUGCGUGCAAUGGCCAUUCUUUACAUCGGACCUCGACGUAACCCCGACUUUGAAACUGAUUAUUACAUCUCGCCAAUAUUAUCACCUCCUCAUUUACUUCAACACUUCCCUCCUGUCUACCUGAUCUGUGGAGAGCGCGACCCCUUCGUCGACGACACGGUAAUCUUCGCCGGCAAGAUCCGUGAAGCCAAACGAGGUCGUAAAGCUCAAGCAGAGUUUGCUUCUCAAGGAAAGAGUGCAAAAUUUGGAGAAUCACUCCGAAUGAGUGUUGCCAAAGCCAACGCUUCUACUCCCGCACAAGGUUCAUCUACCAAUGGACAGAUUCUCCGUGAAACAGAUGAAGAUUGGGUUCAAAUGCGUAUCAUCGAAGGUUGGGGUCAUGGUUUCAUGCAAAUGGCAGCUCUUAUGAGAGAAGUAGAUAGUGUUCUUACCGAAAUGGCAGAUUGGAUUGAUGAGUCUUUUAUUCGAUCUUCAAUUUCAUUCGAAAAUCGACAAAUCAUAACUCGACCUCAAACCAUUUCCAAUCCCAACAACUCUUCUACUCUCGAUCCAACCGAUUCAAGCUCCACACAAACUCAUUCAAAACCUAUCGACAAUCAAAUCGUUCCUCCAAACGGUAUACCCAACGCGGACCUCGGAGCUGUAUUCGGAUCAGAUGUUAAAUCAUUAGAAGAUGAUAACAUUGUUACUUUUACACCUAAAUCAAGAUCAAGACGUAAAUUCCCACCUCCAAGUCAAUUCUUACCAGUAGCAAGAAAACUUUCAAAAGAAAAAUUAACGUUGGAUAGAAAUUUAAGUGCACCGACAUUCGAUCUUGAUGAAACUGGUUCUUCAGGUGAAGCUUUCACUUUGAAAACUCCACCAACAUCAGUCAGUAUAAAAACUUUUCCUCCUGAAGAAAAUAAAGGUUCUGGGGCUUUCGCUUUUUUCAAAAAGAGUGAUCCUCAAAAUGUUCAAACUCAAACUUCUUCUAGUUUGAAAUCUAACGGUGGAUUACCUACAGGUAGAGGACAAAGUGUUGGGGUUGUCAGUGAAGCUGAAUUGAUGAGAAGAAGAAGGAAAGAAGCUGUUUUCGGUAUGGGAGUAACGGAUUUGAGUGAUGGGGAAGAUGAUGAACAUGAUGGUGAUCAACCUGCCUAA